GCGGUUGAAGAGGAGGCGCUCGCCGACACCGUGGCCGAGCCUCUUGCGGAGGAGGGGCUGCCCUUGUGGCCAGACCGUCCGAGCAUGCGCGUGAUCACCGUUCCCACCUCUCGGCUGUAUGCCGCCCCUGUGCGGCACGAUGAUGUGAUCGUAGUGCCCGAGUUCUUCUGCGAGGAGGAAGACUGGGACACCUACUAUGCCCUCAUCAAGGAGAUGCGCGAAAGCCAAGCCAGAGGCGAACGCAAGGCCGAGUGGGUCCCUUGGCACGAGGGUGCACACCUGCUGAGUCAGAACCCCACGGGCUCGGCAACCUUCUCCAAGGUAGAGGAGCGGAUCUGCGACUACUUCAAGGCAGCAGAGGGCAACCGCGGCACUCGCUUCAAUUGGUACCGCGACGGUUCCGACUGGAAGCCUUUUCAUCAUGACUCCGCUGCCUUCAACAAAGCUCGAGCGAAGAACCAAAAUUGCACCAUCGGCAUCUCUUUCGGUGCAUCGCGGGAGCUCGCCUUCCGGCACGCCACGACCGGGGAGUUGAUCUACUUCCCUCAGAAGAACGGCAUGCUCUUCUAUUUUGGCCGCGAUGUGAACAUCAUGUGGCAGCAUGGCAUCAAUGCCUUGCCGGACCCGGAACAGGAUGGAAAGGGCCGCAUCUCCAUCAUUUGCUGGUGCCUGUGCCAGCUUGGUGUGGAAGAGAAAGGGUCGCCAGGCAUGCUCACGGACGAGUCCCGGGGCAGUUUCAGCAUGCACGGCAAGGGGAAGGGCAAGGGCAAGGGCAGAAGGAGCAGAGGCACAGGCAAAGGCAGAGGAAAGGGAAAGGGAGCUGUAGUCUGA